GGUUAUAAAUUGUCAUAUCCUAUUUACAUUGUACAAUUUGUUACUAUUUUCCUCAUUCAUAAAUAUUUCUGCAAUAGCUUUACUCUCAAUUUAAUAUGCUUUAAUCAGUACUUUUACUUAUUUGCAAGAGUUGAAAACAAAAUCCAUAUAUAAUGGAACUGGCAAGGGAAUUUGAAAAUGCAGAAACUGUUAGUAUCGACACCUUAGUUCUAGAACAGUUAGUUCAAGAAGAAAGAGACAAGGAAAUAAUAGAACUCAAUUUAUUAAGUAAAAAAGUUUACAACUUACAUACUAGUGUUCUGUAUUAUCGUAAUUCCAAAACGAAGAUGGGAUCUCUGUGUUAUGAUGCUUGGAGGACUCUUGUGAAGAAAGUAGGGGGAACAUCUAAUGGUUGGAGAGAUUUGGGAUUUUUACUUGGGAUAAAACAAGAAGAUUUGGAUUAUAUUAUGAAUUCUAUUCAAGAUGAUCCUAUAGAUAUUGUGCUAAAAUUAUACAGGUUAAAUGAGAAAGCCACAUUAGACAAGAUUUUGGAUGCUUUAGUGAAAAUGAACAGAUAUGACAUAUUAAAGGCACUGGAAGGACCACUUUCAAAUUUGGCUCAAUGUUUUAAUAAAGAUGACAGUGGGUAUGUCAGUAACAGUAAAACAGGACAGAAAGAGAUAAUAAGCUUUAAAAAUCUACCCAAUGAUUUGCCACCUGCACUAAAUAAAAACUAUGUUGCUUCAAAAAAUGAAAGAAAUAGACCUAAUAUACCUAAACCAAUGGUACCUGUGAUAAUGGAUAAUGAAGUUAAAAAUGAUAAACCUAUCCUGUUUCUAACAUUCACAGAAGAUGGUUUUCCUACAGCACUAAACAUUCAGGAGUAUGUUUACAAUUGGACAGAUAUUACAGGUGUCACAGUAAUAACUUUAAACAAUAAAAGGGAUGAAGUGUACCAAAAUCCUGAAAAGUUUAUCAGGGAAUAUUUCGAAAAGGCUACUUUUGUAGUGCCCAUCAUAACAUCUGGUUACCUGAAUGAAAUAACAUCCAACAGACCUGGCGCAUUCAAUACCACUGACAAUCUGGACUUGAAAUAUGCAAAUUUCAUUUAUAAACUUAUAGUAAAUCAUUACAUCCAUGCAAGUGGUUGUCUUAAUAAGAAAGUCAGAACUGUACUUCCACAAAAUGUGGAUGGUGAGGUGUUCACUCACAUUAGUAUGUAUCCAGAGUUGAUGCCAUGGACAUUUGAAACUAAAUUUGAUGAACAAUUCAAGGCUUUCUUGAAAAGUGAUUGCUUAGAAAAUAUAUAUUGA